AUACAACCAGUCAACAUUACGCGAAUUUUCCAAAUUUUCUUGAAGAAUUGAGCUAAAUAACUACAUACAAAGCUACAUAAAGUGAUUGUUUUGCAUAAUUCAAAACGGUUUUGUAGUGUAAUAAGAUUUUCAUAUUGCAGCACCAUGCCAAAGAAAUUUGUUGGUGAAAACAGCAAGGCCGUGGCAGCUCGGCAACGCAAAGAGGAUGCCAAGAAUGAAAAAGAUGCGAAACUCAAGAAGAUGAUCGAAGACGCGGCGUGGGAAGACAAUGACGAUAAACUUAAAAAGAAACAACAAAAAAAGGAAGAUCAAGAAAAAAAGCGUCUAGAGCAGCUACAGAAGAAGCAAGAGGCUAAAGCUCUUCUAGAAAAGGAGAUGGAAUCUAUAAAGAGCACUACUACUAAGGUGGCUCCGGCGCCCAAGAUCACACGCGCGCAGAUCGCCAAGAUCCAGGAGAAGAGUGUCAAACCGGAGCCUCCCAAGCCAGCGCCUGCACGAGUGGUUGUGGAGGAGCCUCCACUGGAGGAGAAUCUCAACAGGAUACAGUUGGACGGCGAAGUGGCACAGUCUGUGGAUGAAGCCAUUUCUCUGCUCAGUGACAAAACAGAAAUCGACAGGCAUCCUGAAAAGCGGCUUAAGGCUGCAUACACUGCCUUUGAAGAAGUCACAAUGCCGCGCCUCAAGGAAGAGAACCCCACUCUCCGUCUCUCACAACUCAAGCAGCUGCUCCGGAAAGAGUGGCUCAAGUCUCCGCAGAACCCCCUCAAUUCUAAGAUCAGUGCUUAGGUUACGUGUUGAAUUAGUCAUGUUGAGUGACAUGUAAAAGCACUCUGAAGCUAUUAUUAAAUUUAAUUUUGUAAUAAAUUUUGUUUAUAAAAAAAUUUGGGCCACGAAGAAUCUUUUGCAGGUAAAAGUUGGCCUUUAGACAAGUUGGCUAGAGAUUGUACCUAAAGCCCUAUGUAAAUUAAAUGUCUUGAUAGCACGCUAAAGUU